AUGUCUGCUUUGGAGGAAAUACAGCUUGGUACAAUGGAAAAUGAACCCAUGGACAACUUGUAUCUUGCAUUGAUACAAUGCUUUGCUAUUAUAUUAUGCGGGUAUAUUGCUGGAAGAUUCGAUGUCAUUACAAAAACAGAAGCAAAUGGCCUGAACACCUUUGUAGGAACAUUUGCCUUGCCAUCUUUAAUUUUUAUGUCACUCGGAAAACUUGAUUUCACUUUAGUGAAUUGGAAAUUUCUGCUUGCUGUUCUGUUAGCCAAAAGUUGUGUAUUUUUUAUUGUUCUCAGUGUAUCUUUGCUUAUUAAAAGACCAUCAAAUCCAGGAUGUGCUGCACUGUUCGCAAUAUUUACCACACAGAGUAAUGAUUUUGCUAUUGGCUAUCCUAUGAUUGAUGCAUUAUAUGGAAAAACACAUCCUGAGUAUGCUGCAUACCUGUAUCUAAUGGCACCCAUAUCGUUGGCUAUUUUAAACCCAGUUGGGUUUGUCUUACUAGAAAUUGGUAAGCGUAGGAAUGAAAACCAUAGAAGCUACAAAAAUAUGGUUUGUUCCAUCAUGAAAGGGAUUGCACUGAACCCAGUACUUUUUAUGACUGUACUCGGUAUAGUGGGAAAUCUUGUUUUUAGUCAUGUAAUACCAUGCGCACUAGCCACUGUUCUAGAUGUAUUUGGUAAUGCUUUCUCUGCCAGUGCCCUCUUUCUGCUGGGUUUAAUGAUGGUUGGUAAAGUGCACAAGCUAAAGGGCACAGCUCUGGUUAUACCAGGCAUAUUAAUAUGUGUAAAAUUGUUGGUUCUUCCAUUGGUUAUAAGAGAAUCUAUUAUCCUUUUGAAUGCUGGAGAAAAUAUUACGGAUACUCAAGAUUUAAGUACAUAUGGCUUUUUGUAUGGAACCAUUCCAACAGCACCAGCUUUGUUUAUUUUUACUCUUCGGUACAACCUUGAAAUUGAUUUAAUUGCAUCAGCAAUGGUUGCUUGUACAUUCUUAUCUGCUCCACUUAUGUUUGUAUCAGCAAAAUUAAUUGACGCAGUUUCUGCUGGAAUUACCCCAACAAAUUACACACAUCAGCUAAAUGUAUUCUCAUUCGAUGUGAGCAUUGCUUCGAUAACAGUUUGUGUAUGGUUAAUCAUCUGUUUUGUUGGAUUGGGAAGAAAAAAAUAUAAAUGCGUUACACAUCGGUGUACAUUAUGCAUCGUAAUUGCACAGUUAGCUACAGCUAUAGGUGUGAUUAUUUGGACCAAACUCGAAUCACAUAAUAGUGGAUCUGUCCUAUGGUAUAUUCAGUUCAUUUUAAUCACUUCUGGUGUAUAUGCGAGUCGCACCUGGACCAUGGCAAUAGCUGCAACUUUAUUAUAUCUGAAUACCCGUUCUCCGAACUUUGUUAAAAAUAUGCAGAAGUGGUUUUUCCCUGUUGGAUGGGGGGUUCCAUUUUUAAUUGCAAUUAUAAUGUGCAGUACAGUAACGUCAAAAGGAUCCGAUCUUGCUUUUAAAAAUCCUAACUUUCAGCUUGGUAGAAUUCAAGCUGCAACAUCUACUGUUGUGUUAAUAUUCUGUUUUAUAGUAACAUUGGGAUGUUUAGUUUUACAUCAGAGAUAUCAGCGUCAGCACAAUUCCGAGUCCUACAACAAUUUAGCAAAUAACAUAGAAAACUCUACAGAUGAAGACGUCCAAAGGCGCGUGGUAGAUGUUGAGGAUUUAGUUUCGCCUACCUCCCGUACACCGAUCAUUGGCUGUGAAUAUUCAGAUGGAUGUCCGAAUGGUGUGUGCAGAAGUAAUAACGAGACCGAUGACUGCGAUCAGUAUUUAGAGGAUGAAAGAAACGCAUCAAAUGAUCCACAAACGCUUCGACAUCUAGUAUUUCUCAUAUUGCUUCUGUGUUCUAUGUUUAUUGGUUUAUCUAUAUCGGUUGGAACACUAAUUAUGGAACAAUUCACUGGCAUUUAUGCGGAACUGGCUUUCUUGGACGUUGCUUUAAACUUUGGCCAGUCGUUAAUCGCUUUCGCUAUCUUUGGCUUAGACCCUGGUCUAGGGAAACUGGGCUGUUGGCUGAGAAAAAUGUGCCGAAAAUGGCGUACUGGUAAAGAGUUGCAGUUACCCCCUGAAGAUGAUUUAAGCCCAGAUGUGAGGGCCAUUCGGGAACAAUUUAAUCGUUGCCAUUUAGUUGAAUGUCGUGCUCGCAUAGCUAUUUGUCGUAGACGAUUGUUAAAGGUAUAUAAAAGUGUUUUCACUGGGACUGAUUUAGUUAAUUGGUUACUCGAAGCUGGUGUUGCACAAAAUCGAGACGAUGCUGUUCGAUACGGUCGUUGCUUAUUAGAAAGCAGAGUAUUGCAGCACAUUGACGGCACGGAGCACUUUAGCGAUCAAAAUUUGCUUUAUACAUUUAAUGCCUAA